GCGCGCGUUUUUCUCUGGCUGGACACCUGGUCGGGAGACUGGGACCGGCAAGCGGCUGGGAGGCUUUAGCGCGCGGCGUUGCAGGCGCUGUGAGGAGGGCACCCGGUUCCGGAGUGUGUGUCCAGCAAUGCCGGCGCAGCGCCCCGCGAGCAGCGGCGGGUCCGUAGCUCCAGAUAUGGUUGAACAGCCGGAGACUGCCGUGAUUACCCCAGCCAUGGUAGAGGAGGAAGAACAACUUGAAGCUGCUGGGCUAGAGAGAGAGAGGAAGAUGCUAGAAAAGGCUCGCAUGUCUUGGGAUAGGGAGUCCAUGGACAUUCGAUAUCGUAGACUUCAGCAUUUGCUUGAAAAAAGCAAUAUUUACUCCAAAUUUUUAUUGACUAAAAUGGAACAGCAGCAGUUAGAGGAACAGAAGAAGAAAGAAAAAUUGGAGAGAAAAAAGGAAUCUUUAAAAGUUACUAAGGGUAAGAAUUCCAUUGAUGAAAGUGAGGAGAAUGCAGUUAUGAGAAAGAAAAGAGGAAGAGAAGAUGAAUCAUACAAUAUUUCAGAGGUCAUGUCAAAAGAGGAAAUUUUGUCUGUGGCUAAGAAAAGUAAAAAGGAGAAUGAGGAUGAAAGCUCCUCUUCUAAUCUCUGUGUAGAAGAUCUUCAGAAAAAUAAAGACUCAAAUAGUAAAAUUAAAGAUAGAUUAUCUCAAACGGUUAGGCAAAAUACUAAAUUCUUUUUUGACCCAGUUCGGAAAUGUAAUGGACAGCCAGUACCCUUUCAGCAACCAAAACACUUCACAGGAGGAGUGAUGCGAUGGUACCAAGUGGAAGGCAUGGAAUGGCUUAGGAUGCUUUGGGAAAAUGGAAUUAAUGGCAUUUUAGCAGAUGAAAUGGGAUUGGGAAAGACAGUUCAAUGCAUUGCUACAAUUGCAUUGAUGAUUCAGAGAGGAGUACCUGGACCUUUUCUCGUCUGUGGCCCUUUGUCUACACUGCCUAACUGGAUGGCUGAAUUCCAAAGAUUUACACCAGAAAUUCCUACUACGUUAUAUCAUGGGACCCAGCAAGAACGUCGAAAAUUGGUAAAGCAUAUUCACAAACGGAAAGGGACAUUACAGAUUCACCCUGUGGUGAUCACUUCAUUUGAGAUAGCCAUGAGAGACCGAAAUGUAUUACAGAAUUGCUACUGGAAAUACUUAAUAGUAGAUGAAGGACACAGGAUUAAGAACAUGAAGUGCCGCCUAAUCAGGGAGUUAAAACGAUUCAAUGCGGAUAACAAGCUUCUUUUGACUGGUACUCCUUUGCAAAACAACUUAUCAGAGCUUUGGUCAUUACUGAACUUUUUGUUGCCAGAUGUAUUUGAUGACUUGAAAAGCUUUGAAUCUUGGUUUGAUAUCACUAGUCUUUCUGAAACCGCUGAAGAUAUUAUUGCUAAGGAAAGAGAACAGAAUGUAUUGCAUAUGCUGCACCAGAUUUUAACACCUUUCUUAUUGAGAAGACUAAAAUCUGAUGUUGCCCUUGAAGUUCCUCCUAAACGAGAAGUAGUUGUUUAUGCACCACUUUCAAAGAAACAAGAGAUCUUUUACACAGCCAUUGUGAACCGUACAAUUGCAAACAUGUUUGGAUCCAGCGAGAAAGAAACAGUUGAGCUGAGUCCCACUGGACGACCAAAACGGCGAACUAGAAAGUCAAUAGAUUACAGCAAAAUAGAUGAUUUCCCUAAUGAAUUGGAAAAACUUAUCAGCCAAAUACAGCCAGAGGUAGACCGAGAAAGAGCUGUUGUGGAAACAAAUAUCCCUAUAGAAUCUGAAGUUAAUCUGAAGCUGCAGAAUAUAAUGAUGCUACUUCGUAAGUGCUGUAAUCAUCCAUAUUUGAUUGAGUACCCUAUAGACCCGGUCACACAAGAGUUUAAGAUUGAUGAAGAGUUGGUAACAAAUUCUGGGAAAUUCUUAAUUUUGGAUCGAAUGCUGCCAGAACUAAAAACCAGAGGUCAUAAGGUGCUGCUUUUUUCACAAAUGACAAGAAUGUUGGACAUUUUGAUUGAUUACUGUGACUUUAGAAAUUUCAACUUUAGCAGGCUUGAUGGAUCCAUGACUUAUUCAGAGAGAGAAAAAAAUAUGCACAGCUUCAACACAGAUCCAGAUGUUUUUAUCUUUUUAGUGAGUACACGAGCCGGUGGUCUGGGCAUUAAUUUGACUGCAGCAGAUACUGUUAUCAUUUAUGAUAGUGAUUGGAACCCCCAGUCUGAUCUUCAGGCCCAGGAUAGAUGUCAUAGAAUUGGUCAGACAAAGCCAGUUGUUGUAUAUCGUCUUGUUACAGCAAAUACUAUUGAUCAGAAAAUUGUGGAAAGAGCAGCUGCUAAAAGAAAACUGGAAAAGUUGAUCAUCCACAAAAAUCAUUUCAAAGGUGGUCGAUCUGGCUUAAAUCAAUCUAAGAACUUUUUAGACCCUAAGGAAUUAAUGGAAUUAUUAAAAUCUAGAGAUUAUGAAAGGGAAGUAAAAGGAUCAAGAGAGAAGGUCAUUAGUGAUAAAGAUCUGGAGUUGUUGUUAGAUCGAAGUGAUCUCCUUGAUCAAAUGAAUGCCUCAGAACCAAUUAAAGAGAAGAUGGGGAUUUUCAAGAUACUAGAAAAUUCUGAAGAUUCCAGUCCUGAAUGUUUGUUUUAAAUUGGAGCUAAAAGAAUGUCUUUAAAAAGUUCUUGUUUACAUCUGGUGAUUUGUAUUGGUGUUAAAAUCCAGAUUUUUCACUCUACUUCUUUGAUUAUAUCAGUUUACAUUAUAUAACUUGUACCAUUGCUUAAGUUUCUGAGCCUUAUUAAGAGCAAAGACAUAUUCAUAGUAAGUUUCAGUUAAUUUUUCAGACUCGAUAGUACUCUUGGGUAUAGGCUGAUGUGUCCUUAACCACUGCCAGAUUUAUACAGUCUUCCUGUGGAAGUUUAAUGUCUUUCCCCCACCCUCCUUUUUAGCAGUACAGUUCAUAGGUUUUUGGUACUUCAGUUAUGGAGUAGGCUUUGGAUGGGGGAAAGAUUGGGAUUAUACUGUCUAUUGUUUAAAUAAGAAAUGCUUUGAUUUUUAGGGUCUCUUUCUAUAAAAUAGUUUGCCAAAUAAAUGUUUGUUAUAAGAUGAUCUCAUCAGAUUAUUUUUCAGAUAAAUAAUGGCUCAGGUGAAAUAAUAGCAAAAGUCUUGACUGGCAUUGCGAUUCAACAUUAUGGUAACUCUUGUUUCAUUCAUUAGUACUAUACACAUAUGUCAUAUAAAGAUUUCAACUGGACCUUGGAUCAAUGCAGAGAAGGCUCUGGAAGAAAUUAUAGGUCCUUAACAGAAGACCAGAAAUUGGAAGUGGCAGUGUACCAUGCAAAACAAGAACAGAACAAGAGAAAAGGGACCCUGAAAAUUUAUAGCAGGAAGGGGUUAAAAUAAGACUUAGGGGGCUUCCCUGGUGGCGCAGUGGUUGAGAGUCCGCCUGCCGAUGCAGGGGAAACGGGUUCGUGCCCCGGUCUGGGAAGAUCCCACAUGCCGCGGAGCGGCUGGGCCCGUGAGCCAUGGCCGCUGGGCCUGUGCGUCCGGAGCCUGUGCUCCGCAACGGGAGAGGCCACAACAGUGAGAGGCCCACAUACUGCAAAAAAAAAAAAAAAAAAAGACUUAGGAAUAUAAGUAACACAAGAACCAUAACAGAGAAGCAGAAUGGGAACCAUUUAGGCCCUGUAUGUAUAUGAAAACUGAAUGCUCCCUGAACCAUACAUUUUUGUGUAGGUUGUUAUUCUUGCUGCCAUGUAUAUUCAAAUGUAGAUGAGAUUCUCUCUGCCUUAGGGUAAUGGAACCUAGGACUCAGAAGAAAAACUAUUUUGAGAGAAUAUUCAGCCAAAGGAAAGAAUAGACUACAGAGUGGAUUUUUUUCAAAGUGGAAAUGUUUACCAAUCGCUGACAAAUCAUUGUCGCAACCUUAGUUGGUUGCUUAGUAGUCAUACUAAGUUUUCCUAAUCCAUUCUCUUACAUUGAGCUCAAAUGAUUAUUUCAUGGGUUUAUUUCUGUCCUCACAUUUCUAAUACCUCCUCCCUCUGGGCUUGCUCCCUGUCCACACAGAGAAAAUAAAAAUGAUCAGAAAAGAACUUGCCACCACUGCAUCUGUAAACCUACCAGCAUCUGUGCCCACGUAUCAUUUACUUUUAUGGAUAUAGUCUGUCCUAGCUAGAGCCAACAGAAGGGCCCCAUUUCUUGUUUUACAGCAAACUCCUUGAAAAGUCUGUAUUCACUGACUUGUUUCGCCUCCAUUUUUUUCCUAAACCUAUUCCAGUCAGAUUUUCAAAGUUUCCAGUGACCUCUACGACCUCAUUUACUUGAGCUUUCAGCAGCAUUUCACAUAGUUGUUUAAUUUCCACUAAACCAUUUCUUUAGUUUGCUAGGUUUUCAGCAAACACAUUUGCCUGGUUCUUCCUACUUCUCUGGUUCUCAAUCUCCUUUGCUAUUUUUUUCUUAUGUCUUUGACUCCUUAACAUUAGAAUCUCCCAAGUGGGCUCCCUUGAUGGUCUUGUUGCUUUAAAUGCCAACUAUGUAUUAAAUUAAAUGCCAACUAUGUGGUGAUGACUCAGGUUUAUAUCUCCAGCCAGAAUCUUUCUCCUGAACUCACUUCCAACUGCCUACUUGAUAUUUUUACUUGGUUGCCUGAUAAACGAUCCCAAAUCUGAACUGUUUGAACUUGUUCUCCAGCCUCUUGAGAGUGUUAGCACCCAUGCGGUUAUUUUUCAACUUCUGAAAUCUUGUGUUGUCAUCUCCUGUGUUUUCUGGGAGUUUAAUGACUCUUUCAUCCUUUUAUUGUUACUGUAGUUUCCAGAUUUUAGUUUAAGGGGCAAGAGGAACAGAUGUAUUCACUCCAUGAUAUUGAAACAAAUGAUCCCUGCUUCAUCUGUAUAAAAAGGUAUUCUCAGACCAGGGUUUGUCUUCCCUCACUUUGUCAAAUUGCCAAGAAAAAUACUUCAUUAGCUUUGCUGUUCGGUGAGUCAUUCUUCUGUAUUACAAGGCAGUUCCUGAAUGUACUGAGAGGUAUAGUGAAAGUGGUACUUGAACAUUUCCAGGCAAGUAUGUUUGAUGGAAUCUUUCACUGAUGUCUUAGCAAUUGUAUUUGAUUUUUUAGUCUUAGAACUUUGAAGUAAUACUUUAUGAAAAGCCUGAAAUGCACUAAUGUUUAUAUUCAAAACAUUAAAUAAGUGUUUCUGGUUUUAAAUUCUAUACUCUUACUUCAUAAGAUUGUUUUGGUUUUGAGUUUUUUAAGU